AUGUCAGAAAAGCAGGGGGAAAAUUACCUGGAGCUCAGCGAAUGUCCCGUAACCUUUGAGCAUGCUUCUGCCGUCAACAACGUGUUCUUCGACGAGGCAAACAAGCAGGUGUUUGCCGUGCGGUCAGGUGGGGCCACUGGAGUUGUGGUCAAAGGGCCAGAUGAUAAAAGCAGCCUGGCGUUCAGGAUGGAGGACAAAGGAGAAGUGAAGUGCAUCAAGUUCUCUCUGGGGAAUAAGAUCCUGGCGGUUCAGAGGAGCUGCAAGUCUGUGGAUUUCAUCAACUUCAUCCCAGAAUUCCCACACACAGAGUUCUCCCAGGAGUGCAAGACGAAGAAUGCAAACAUUUUAGGCUUUUGUUGGACCAACUGGAAUGAGGUGGUGUUUGUCACAGACCAGGGCGUUGAGUAUUACCAGGUGUUCCCAGACAAGCGCAGUCUGAAGCUGCUGAAAUCACAGAGUAUCAAUGUGAACUGGUUCCAGUACUGUCCAGAGACCUGUGUGCUGCUACUGUCCUCUACUGUCCAGGGGAAUGUACUGCAGCCACUAACAUUCAAAAACGGGACAAUGUCAAAAAUGUCUAAGUUUGAGAUCGAGCUUCCUGUGGUCCCCAAACCGGCCAAACUCAGCUUAUCGGAACGUGACGUCGCCAUGGCAACAAUUUACGGUCAGCUGUAUGUGAUGUAUCUGAAGCAUCAGUGUCGAUCUGCAAACAGCCCGGGUGCAGAAGUCGUGCUGUAUCACCUGCCCAGGGAGGGGGCCUGUAAGAAGAGCCAUGUGCUGAAGCUCAACACGGUCGGGAAGUUUGCUCUGAAUGUGGCUGACAACCUGGUGGUGGUGCAUCAUCAGAGCUCACAGACGUCUUUGAUCUUCGACAUCAAACUGAAUGAGGACGGUGCGAUUACCCAUCAGCCAGUGCUGCCGGCUCGCUCCAUCGCCCCCUACAGGAUCCCCCUGACAGGUCCUGCAGUGGUGCCAGCCCAGCCUCCUGUUCCCUGUCUUCUCUACUCUUCGUCCUGGAGCGUGUUUCAGCCCGACAUCAUCAUCAGCGCCAGUGAAGGGUAUCUCUGGUACCUGGAGGUGCGUCUCUCUCCUGCGGUGCUGCUGCUUCAGGACAAAGGGAAACUCAUGGACUUCCUUCUGAGACGCAGAGACUGUAAACGGGUGAUCCUGAGUGUGUGCGAGCAGAUACUGGCGUCUGCAGACAGGGGGAGUCUUCCUGUCGUGGCCACAGUGUUCGACAAACUGAACCAAGUUUACAAAGAGUAUCUGGAGGCGGAGCAGAGCUAUACACAGGCCAUGGAAUCUGGAGCGAGUCGAGGAAACACUCAGAAACGACCAAUCAGAACACAGGCUGUAAUCGACCAAUCAGACAUGUACACACACGUGCUGUCUGUCUUCACCGAGAACAAGGAGGUGUGCCAUAAGUUCACCAUCGCGGUGUUGAUGGAGUACAUCCGCUCGCUGAACCAGAACCAGAUCACGGUGCAGCACUAUCUGUAUGAGCUGGUGAUCAAGACGCUGGUGCAGCACGAGCUCUUCUACAUGUUACACCAGUUCCUGCAGUAUCACGUCCUCAGUGACUCCAAACCUCUGGCCUGUCUGCUGCUGUCUCUGGAGAGCACCUACCCCCCCGCCCAUCAGCUGUCUCUGGACAUGCUGAAGCGAUUGUCGACGGCAAAUGAUGAGAUCGUGGAGGUGCUUCUGUCCAAACAGCAGGUUCUGGGCGCACUCAGAUUCAUCCGUUCAGUCGGGGGCCACGACAACAUCUCGGCCCGUAAGUUCCUAGACGCGGCCCUGCAGACCGGGGACCACAUGUUGUUUUUCACUGUGUUCAGAUCCUUUCAGCAGCGAAACCAGCGCCUGAGAGGAAGUCCUGCCUUUACACCAGGAGAACACUGUGAGGAACACGUGGCGGAGUUUAAGAAGAUCUUUGGAGAGCAGUCUGUGAUGAAGCCAGCGACUGUCUGA